CGGCGCUUCCUGUGACGUCAUCGCGCUCCGACGUCCAUAAUGGACUUGCAGCUGUUCAGUGACAAACAAUAACAAGAGCAGCGAGCGAGCGAGAGAGCGGCUUCCGUGUCUGUAAUCGCGCUGGUAUUAUUAAAAGCCCGUGAGGCAUCUCGACUCUGACAUUGUCGGCGAGGAAAACUCUGGCCUCCGCUGCCUCUUCCUCCGACUCGGACACCGGCGGAGCUUCGCCGCCCCCGCGGAAGAAAAGCCGAGUCUCGGCGGCGGAGGGAGCAGGAGAGAGCGGGGCUUCUGUUACCGGAAUCACGGGCCUCUCUGCGGCGUCUCUCCCAACCCCCCACCAGCACUCGGCCAUCCGCCUCAACAACAGCUCGCAGUCGCGCAGAUCCGCCUCUGCAAACGCGGUUAAUAACAUGCAGGCCAACGGGACGGGAGGCCAGGAGCCGGAGCCGCAGAUGUCUUGCAGGAACGGGGAGUCCUCGUCGUCCGUCGCGGGAGCCGUGCACUCAAACGGGCUGAUGCCCUCCGCGAAUAACGGGCUGCCGUCCACCGAGAGCCCGGAGCCGGACAGCAGCGUGAAGAAGAAGAAGAGACUGUCCCAGAGCGACGAGGACGUGAUCAGGCUCAUCGGACAACAUCUACACGGGUUAGGACUCAAUCAAACGGUGGACCUGUUGAUGCAGGAAUCGGGCUGUAGACUUGAGCAUCCGGCUGCUACCAAGUUUCGUAAUCAUGUGAUGGAGGGAGAGUGGGAAAAGGCUGAGAGUGACCUCAACGAGCUGAAAGCACUGAUGCAUUCACCGAGCGCUGUGGUGGUAAGAGUCCAAACUCCUCUCAACAUCUCCACCAUCAGUUUGAUGAAUCUUCUCAAUGUGAUUUUGCCCUGUGUUGUUCAGCGGAUGAAGUUCUUGCUCCUGCAACAGAAGUAUCUGGAGUAUCUGGAGGACGGGAAGGUUCUCGAAGCACUCCAGGUCCUCCGAGCCGAGCUCACGCCGCUGAAGUACAACACCGAACGAAUCCACAUCCUCAGCGGGUACCUGAUGUGCAGUAACUCUGAUGACCUGCGUGCUAAAGCCGAGUGGGAGGGGAAAGGGACGGCCUCACGAUCCAAACUCCUCGACAAGCUUCAGACGUACUUGCCCCCGUCCGUGAUGCUGCCGCCCCGGCGCCUGCAGACUCUGUUGCGUCAGGCAGUGGAGCUGCAGAGAGAUCGCUGUCUCUACCACAACACCAAGCUGGACAGUGGACUGGACAGUGUGUCUCUGCUCAUAGACCACGUGUGCAGCAGGAAACAGUUCCCCUGCUACACCCAGCAGAUCCUGACCGAGCACUGCAAUGAAGUCUGGUUCUGCAAGUUCUCCAACGACGGCACCAAACUGGCCUCGGGAUCCAAAGACACAACAGUCAUUAUAUGGCAGGUUGACCCCGACACGCACCUGCUCAAGCAGCUGAAGACGUUGGAGGGUCAUGCCUAUGGGGUUUCCUAUCUGGCCUGGAGCCCGGAUGACACGUAUCUGAUAGCCUGUGGGCCGGACGACUGCUCUGAGCUCUGGCUCUGGAACGUACAGACAGGGGAACUGAGAACCAAAAUGAGCCAGUCCCAUGAGGACAGCCUGACCAGCGUGGCCUGGAAUCCAGACGGCAAGCGCUUUGUUACCGGAGGUCAGAGAGGCCAGUUCUACCAGUGUGAUCUGGACGGGAACUUGCUGGACUCCUGGGAGGGUGUUCGUGUGCAGUGUCUGUGGUGUUUGAAUGACGGUCGAACAGUGCUGGCCUCUGAUACACACCAGCGCAUCCGUGGAUACAACUUCGAAGAUCUGACUGACAGGAACAUAGUUCAAGAAGACCACCCUGUAAUGUCCUUCACCGUGUCAAAGAAUGGAAGAUUAGCUCUGUUAAAUGUCGCAACUCAGGGAGUUCAUCUGUGGGACCUGCAGGACCGGGUAUUAGUCAGGAAGUACCAAGGUGUGACUCAGGGCUUCUACACCAUCCACUCCUGUUUUGGCGGCUACAACGAAGACUUUAUUGCGAGUGGCAGUGAAGACCACAAAGUUUACAUCUGGCACAAGCGCAGCGAGCUGCCCAUCGCCGAGCUGACGGGCCACACGCGCACCGUGAACUGCGUGAGCUGGAACCCAGUUCUGCCGGGCCUGAUGGCCAGCGCCUCGGAUGACGGCACCAUACGGGUCUGGGGUCCCGCCCCCUUUCUGGACUCCCAGGAGCCCGAGGGCCUAACUGGUAUGAACCUCCUCGUCUGACUGGAAUAUGCUCCUAGUUUGAUAAUGCUUUAGCAUGGACAGUUGAUGUUGACUCUGGAGCAGAUGUCCACUUUGGAAAACAUACAGUGAGACACACUAUAGACUCUGUGAAUGAAGAAAUGAAAAUUGAAGUAAAUCGUACGGCAGAUGGAUGUUAUUUCCCCACGCCGUUUCACUCGAACAACAUGAAGCCGGCUGCUGCCCUCAAACAUCUGACUUCAAAUCCCAAUCGGACACGCCCCUCUUCGGCCUAAGCCCCUCCUCCUCCUUUCUACACUGCAUCCUGAGUGGACGACUGCCUCCUGAACCCACAUGCGCACACAAACACACACACACACACACACGGACAAACAACGUUAUUUAUUGCGGCUUUAAUUUAUUAUUGUGAAUGAAUCAAGGCCACAGGCUUGCUUUGUGUUCUGUACAAUAUUCACUCAGCCAAGGGGACAAAAAAAAAAUGCUUUUCCGGCAUGUGCGAACUUCUCCUCGGUCUCAAAGACGCACGUGUUAACGGAGAGCAAACAAAUCAUAUCCUUAUUUUUCAGCAUGAACUUCUUUAAGCCAAUUUGUAUGCUUGAAAGUAAGUGUCUUCACCAGCAGAGAUAUAAGAUAUCGUUUUCCUUUCCCUCUGUGACCCACCACAUUUUUAAAUGACUGAAUUUACUGGCAUUUUUAACAGCUAGAUAUUCAUUUUGAUUAGAAAAUUCCAACCAUGACCCCGA